AUGGCGGCAAGGGGUGGCCAUGAGUCCGUCAUCCGGCUACUUUUCGAGCAUGGGGCAUGCGCAAGCUUUGGUAGGGGAAUGAUGAAUGACACUCCGCUGAUUUCGGCGGCUAGGGAGCAUCACCGUGGUGCAGUGGAGGCCCUGGGGAACGCAAUACGAGAAGAUCCACCCAUAGAUAAUACUUCUUUAUGGUGGAAAUUCCAUGACGCGUCGGCUGAUGCGGCAAGAUGGGGUGAUUUGAAGGUUCUGCAAUUCCUACUCGGCCUUCGGACAAGUUUGGGCUUGUCGCCUUUUGCCUGGCAUCCUCGUGUGGGGACGGAUUUGCAUACCCGUGUGUCAGAGGCUGCCAAAGGAGGUCACAUUGAGUGUGUUCGAUGGUUGCUCGCACGUGGAACGGGUCCGGAUGAAAGCGCAGAAGAUACGCACACCCUGGAAAGAUAUCCGAUUUAUUUGAUUAUUGCAAAAGGGAACCUGGAGAUUGCAAGUCUCACGCUAGAACAUAUGGAUUUCGGCUUACUUGAAAGACUAUACGUACAGUUCCCAUGUGAGCAGGACAACCUGCUGUACAUCGCUCUUGCCGUUGGCUCUGAAAACCAUGUCGAGGUGGCCCUUGAGAGAGACUGGCCCAGAGAGACAAAAAACCACAGUAUCGCGACUGACAUGAUAACGCGUGGAUUCUAUAAAGGCGAUGUCAACAUCAUGAAAGCACUAUUUCUAUGGUGCAACGACUUGGAUUUGAACAAUGGGCAGCAAGGGUGACGCGGUUCCGUGUGAAAAUCGAGGAUAGACUCAGAGAG